AUGGAUUUACCCAAAAGUAAGUAUACACAUUGGAAGGCGAAAUUCAUAGAUGGUCUUCCUCCUCUAUUUGCUGAAAGGGUUAGAAAGGAGCUUAGGGGCUCAGGUCUUACUGAUAAUAUUCAUGAUCAAGUAUAUGGUUUGUUAUAUACUUCUGGUUCUGAGACUGAUUGUAAUUGUGAUUCUGAAUCUGAAAAUGAUGUUGAAUUACCCAAUUCAUCUGAGAGUGAUCAUGCUAAUAUUUGUGUUGACUGCAAUGUUUCCGAUAAAAAACUUCGUGAAAAAAUUACUACUAUUGCUACUAAAAAAUCUGCUGAUAGCGCCCCUAGUACUUCUAAAAUUUCUGCUAGCACUCACACUUCUCAGAGUACUGCUAAUGAUUAUUACACGCCUUAUUCUUUAGCUGAGGUUAAUAGACGCCUUGCUAUAAGUCAAUUACCCGACAAAGAUACAUCUUUCAAUAAUUUAAAAAUUGAGGUUGAAAACCUGAAAAAAGAGAUUAUAUCUCUAAAGCAAAACCAAAUGAUUUGUGAUCACAGGAUUACAGAAAUUGAGAAAGAUAUUUCUCACAAUGAUGUUUCUUCCAGUUCCAAAGGGAAGGAAAAAAUGUCCGAUAUAGAAGAAGACGAUGAUAUUGUCAAAAACUUUAAUAAUCGUAAAGAGCACAUUGUAACUCUUCCAUAUAAAGAUGAUUUCUGUGAGGACAAGAUCCCUACAAAAUCUAGACCCUGCCAAAUGAAUGUAGAGUUAGUCGAAUUCUGUAAAAAGGAGAUUGAUAAUCUGUUACAAAAGGGUCUAAUAAAACUUUCUAAAUCACUGUGGUCUUGUACUGCAUUUUAUGUGAAUGAUGCAGCUGAAAAAGAGUGUGAUUUGGCUCUCUUAUAUGAUAGAUUAGAAAAGGGCUUUCAAGGUCCCUGGACUGAUAGUCAUACAAACCUUGUAAAACGUAUUAAGCAACGUGUAAAAUCUUUGGCUUGCUUAAAUUUAGCUAAUCCUGCUUGGCUAAAAAUUAUUGAAACUGAUGCCUCUAAUGUUGGUUAUGAAGGAAUACUUAAACAAAUCCACCCUGGCAAAUGGCCAGAGGAGAAGGUAGAGGCAGAGAGAGAUACUCCUCUUCUGGGGGAAGAUCCGUCCCCUAAUCAUCACAGGCAUCAUAUAUUUCCUCAUCAAAUACCUCAGUGA